GUCUGUUUCCUUUCCUGUUUUACAGCGUGUACAACUAAGCUGAAAGAGAAAAGAGGGGAGGGCCCAGAGCGUGUAUCCAGCAAUGCUUUAUACCAAUCACGAGGGUUUCCCCACCCUCUCUGUCUCCCUCCCUUCCUCCCUCUUUUUUUUAACGCUCCCUCCCACUGUCUUCUGACAAACCAACCAAAGAAAAAAAGUGCAGGGAAAAAAAGUGAUAAGCAGCUUCUGGGUUUUGCUUUCAAGCGCACUCCUGCUGAAUCGGUGUGAGGGAGUGUGGAUGUGUGUGUGCGUGUUUGUGUGAGGCGCUCGCUCUGUCUCCUGCCACAGUAGCCACACAGUGACGGCCCCGAACAAAAGGCUAAAAGCGGCAGAGCCGCAGGAGGAGAAACUCAGGGAUACAGUGGAAACAGCAGUGGCCCGUCGUAACGGCAGCUUCUCAGGGGAGGAACUCAACCUGCUGAUUUUACCCUACUGGUCCUGAAGAGGAGACUCAAGCUGCCUCUUUUUCUGGCCUUUCAUUUUGUCUUUCAUUCAGCCUCUGUCACCCCUUCCUGAGAUUCUUGCAGCUGCCUGUCUACACCUGGGCAUCUCCCCUUCCAUCCACCUGUCCUGUCAGGAUGUCUGAUGAUGACUGUCGCUCGCCCAUAGGCCUGGACUGCUGCAGCUGCUGCCUGGACCUGGCCAACGGCUGCGAUGACUCCAUGUCCAGCGCCAGCAGUCCGGCUGAAGGCCUUCCAGGAAGCCCGUGCAGCCCCAGUGUCAGCCACUUCCGCCAGCUCCGAAACCAGCUAAUGUACCAGAACCUGAACACAGACAAGCUGAACAACAUCAUGAGGCAGGAUUCGCUGGAGUCUGUGGUGAGGGACCCCUGCUUCCUGCUGAACGAGGGGAUCUGCAACAGCAACAUUGACCAGACCAUGCUGUCCAUACUGCUCUUCUUUCACAGGUAUGUGUACAGUUUUGAUAAAUGAAUGGUUUCCUCUUUCUUACAUGAACAAGAUAGAUAAUUAAGAUUCUUGUAUCAGCUCUUCCUCUUUAAAAGGAUGACAUGAAGAGUUCACAGUCAGGGAUUAGGCAGACAGAGGCUCAGAUUGGGAUGUUUAUUUUGAGUUGUCAUGAAUUGGUUUGAUAAAGGUAAGUUCUUUUACUUUAUUUAAAAAUGUAUCUCUGACCGACAGGUUAAAUGUUCGUCUUUUACCCAUCAAACAAAGCAUGGUGUGUUUUUCUCUGUUAAUCUGAACAUCUAAAGAAAUGAAAAUAGAGAUUUACUACGCCCAAAAAUGUCUAAAUAUUUGUUCAGCGCACAGUGCCAAUUUGCAUCCACACCAUCCAGGUCUCUCAUGACGCGUAUUUAAUGGGUUAUGUAACAUUACACUGAUAACAGAUAGACUUCAACUCCUGGAAAGACCUUCUACCCAUCGUAUUAGAGACGACUCAACCUCAAUUAAACAAACAGGACCAAAAAAGCCAGAAAACAGAGGAGCUCGACCCUGAGAAAAACACCCCUUUCCAAAACUUGAGGUUUUUCUAAUGCAACAGUUUGCUGUCACAUUGAUCCAAUUAAGCUGCUCUUUUUAUUGUUCGGGGUCAAUUAGAUCUGGCCUGACACCCUCUCCGCUACUGCCUGCUGCCAAAAAGUGUUAAUGAAAGUGAGCUUGGCAGCUCACCUCGCUAUGUUUGACAGAAGGAGAAAGUCCAGCUUCAAAGCUGCUGCCAGUUUGUUUGGCAGCUCCUGUCAGAAAACUUCAGCCUCAAAUUAACACGACCCAUCGUUUCCAGUCAGCUAAUGUUUUUAACGUCACGGAACCCAAGAGCCUAAGCCAGCAGUUUCUGUACAGUUUUAUGUGGAAGAGGAGACAUUACGCAUGUCUGCACGGUUAGCUGAGGUUUAAAAUGUAUGGAUGUAAUGGGAAAUAGGCUAACCUUAAACAACAUGAACCCGUUAUCAUCGUAAGAGCCACCUUUGGAAGUCAUAUACUCAGCAGAUGUCGUCAUUCAAAGCUUUACCUUUCAGGACCAUGACGUAUGUGUCACACAUAAUUAUGUAAACUUACAUCGUUUAACUGAUAAUGUGUCGGUAACAGACAGGCUUUUCCACUCACUUACAUUAUUGUACAGCAGAUAUCUCCAUAUCAAGGCUGAACUUUGCACCUACCCUCACCACUUCUUGUAAAAAGGCUUUUUCUCUUCAGGUCACUGUGCUCUCAGAGCAACAGACGGACUUUUAUGAUGCUAAUGCUCUUCUAAGAUCUCUUAUGAAAGAAGUCAACAGCUUUUCCAUGAACUGUUUACGGUGUACUUGUCACACUUGAUUACAUUUUCUAAAAUAAGUAUUCAAAGAAGUGAAUCAUAUUAACAUUUGCUCAUUCAUAUUUGUUGCUAAAGACGGCACAACGUUUUAACUUAAAUAACCUCAAGGGGUUGGAACCCAUCCAAGAAGAAACUCUAUUUGUGAUUCCUUUAUAUAACACAGAUCAUUUACACUGUUUAAAUCAAAUCAUACAGGGAUGUAGAAACUGAGAAGCCUGAGCAGCACUUAUUAUGAGGAAUAUCAGAAAAACAGUUUCCCGAUCAUACUUUAACUGUCUUUUUACCUUUACUUCUGCUGUAGGAAUGCACAUUUUAACCAAAGUAAAAUGUCUGGUUGGGUGGUGGGGAUGUCUGACUGUCUCACAAUGUGCUGUCUUUGAACAACCUUGUCUAUUUGAUGUGUCUAUAUGUACAGUCUGAAAAAUGAAUUUCCCUGAGUGGGACAAUGAAGUAUAAUCUAAAUCUAAAUCUAACUCUCCACAAUGUUCAUCUCUAUAACAUAACCCUUAUUUAGCAACAUUUCCGAAUGAAUGUAAGCUAAAACCAUUUUUUCCACAUUACUCAAAUAAAAUACCAGUAAUAACGUGUAUCCAGCCUGGAAUUGGAGCAGUAUUUGUAAUCUUUGAUCAAAUCACUUAUCUACAGAUGUUAUUCCAUCUGCAAUGUUCUGCCAAGAAGCACAAUCACUGCUUUAUCAAAUACCUCUGGAGGCCAAUGCAGCAUAACCUAAAAGGUUAAACAUUAACUUAUCGUUAAUUUGUGGUACACACCGACUGUUAAAGACCGUUCCUAUCUUCUCUGGUGACCGCUUAUAUAAUCCAGGUACAUUCAGUACUAUUAAGCAUUAAUAAACCAUUGUCACGCUGAUCACAGUCAUGAUCUCCAGCCAAUAGGGGCGGCUUUUUGCUGUAAACACUCAUCACAGCCAAACUCUAAGUACUGGUUUCAAAUGAAUUGUUUGAAUGGUCACAGAAUAAAGCAGAGUUCACUUCAGUGAAAACAAUGAAUAAACAGUCUAGCAAGGGAACUUCCUCACACUUUACUAUUGUAUCGGCUCAGUUGCAUAACAUCUAUUUAAAAGCUCAUUAAUCUAACACCUAUUUAAAGUGAUAUUGUUCUUACUGUGGAGCUAGAGCUGCAGCACUCAGUGAGGAAAUGGUCUGUUCUGGAUUUAUUUAUGACAGGGAUAGGAUGCGUCAGUAAAAUACUGCUGAAAAAAUGAUGAUAAAUGCCACCUGAAAUGAUCACCCACUGAGCAUUUUUUGGUCUAAUAGACGUCUAAAUGUAGCCUUGUUGACUGGUCUAAAAUCAGGCUAACACAGGUCUAAAAAUAAAAGUUUUUUAUACAUCUAAAUUUAGACCAAGUUUAGACCAAGUCUAAAUCUAGUUAUUUUGGUUAAGUACUUGGAGAUGAGUUAUGCAACUCACUGUUGCUUUUUGCAAUAAAUAGUUAGGGAAUAUUUUGGUUAAGUACUUGGAGAUCAGUUAUGCAACUCACAGUUGCUUUUUGCAAUAAAUAGUUACAGAAUAAUGGGUUAAAGUGCAAUAGAUAUAAAUAAAUAGAUGUACGUUUAACGAUGCAUACACUGACUUUUACCGUUCUUUACUGUUUGUACAAAAGGAAAGUUUCAACUUUUGUUUGUUGUCUCAGCAUCACAUCUGUGCCAGCCGCCUUCGUGCGAACACUGAAGCAUGUGCAGAACAUUGAGGCCAGUUUCUGUUUAAUCCAGUUGAAUUCGCAGAUGAGAAAAUCGAUCAUUAACUGAGUGACACAGCAUUACCCCCUUAGCUUCACAAAAUGUCAGAACUAAUGGAGAUAUUUUCUGGUGAAAAAGAAUCUACAGAGCAAAUUUUUUAAAUAUCAUGCUUUUCAUCCAGGGAGGUGGAAAUCAGGUUAGAGAUGUUGAUGAUGUUAACAUAUCUUGGACCCUGGUAUCGCCCAGAGUAUCUGAGCAUCGGUCUCUGCAGGCUCAACUGUUCAGUCAGACAAACACCCUCUUAAGCCAGAACACUUUGUUUCCUCGAGAGAGAAUCACAGACAUGGAUCAUGUGGCUCAGGCCUUCCCGCUGGAUUAAAACAUUAAUUUCCAAAGUGUUCCCUUUUACGCCUUUCCAUGCAGAAACACAAAUGCGCUCUUUCAUUCACACAUGUACCCACAGCCUAAUCCUGUCAGUUAGAACAAGAAAGCCGCUGAGCUGAGCUGAGCUGAGGUCUGCUCAAGUUCAUACAUUUUUUUUUCAAGUGCUGAUUUCGGGAAGGCACAACUUUGGAUGAAAGCUUGGCUGAGGUUUUUCUACUGUGACCUCACCCUGGGUGGUCAAUCUGCUGAGCCGCCAUCACUCUCAUUCGACACUUGUUAACAGACUAAAAUUUUAAGCAUGGCUCGAGGAAGCCUGCCAGGACAUCUUUUUGGACUCGAGCAUCAGCGUGCGGCAGUGGCCAGCAAACUUGUUAUGUAAAUGAUUCAAGGGUCAAAGAAAUGUGCUGAGGGGAGGAUUUGAGCUUAUAAGUCUUGUUUGACGUUUGAGGCCAAGCCAGGAAGUCCUCAGGGGUCCAGAAUCUGUGAUUUCCCAAAGAUAAGACCAGAGAAAACGUGUUGAUGUACUUUGAUGCUUAGAUAGCCAAAGUUUGCUUGAAAGGAAAAGGCUUUCUUGUUCACCUAAACCCCAGGCGCUGGGUCAGUACUCAGCAGCCACUAAACACCUUCACAUGUGGAGGUGAAGAGGGGUGAAGAGCCUGCGGUGAUGACACAAACGUUUAUCACAGGACUUCAGGGCUGUGAGCAGUCUGUCAGUCAGUAAGCGCUCAGACUACAAAGAGAAACGGAGUCUGCAGCAGCGCGGAAAAGAUGCCACAAAGUGCCAAAGGCCUCAUAAAAGGAGCUCUUUCUGCAGAAGUGUUAAAUGUGCACCUUCAGACUGUACAGAGUGAGAAAGACAGGAUAACAAAGAGCUGUUUGUCAUACCUCAGAAGAAAGGAAAUGUUGUUUUUACUAAUGGGGAGGACUAAAGAAAACAUGGAAUUCCUGUUGAGAGGUAAAAAGACCAGACUAGGUGUACACUGGCCAUGAAAGGAUGACAUAACUUUCUUUUUGUUGUUCAGGCAUGACAAAUGAAACAAAGAAUUUUCCAGUCUGGCUGAGAAUGACAGACAAAAAUGUCAGUCAGUCUGAAGGUAAAUGAGCUUCCAAGUUUGAGCUUUGGAUAAUAGAUUUAACGCAGGAGGAUUACAAAAUCAGACUCAGGAGAAGAGCUACUUUCUGCUUGGUUUUCUGCUCACUGCACAACUGCUAAUCCCUGUGCACUUUGUUGCCGUGGUGACCCAGGCUUCAUUACAGUGGUAACAGUCCCCCCCUGUUUGGCCUGAUAUGAUCUCCAGCCUUUGGCGUUGGUCCACUUGACCACGGAAUAUGACCUAGCCCUCCCACAAUGCACUGCAGACAGGAUCCAGCUGUGGCAAAGACCCUCCUGUGCUCUGGACCUCCAGUCAAUGAUCAAAAUAUCAAUCCCAAACUAGUUCUGCUGCAAGAGAUGGAUUUUAUGAUCCCCCUUUGAAGGGUACAGACACAGAGCUUCAUGCUUUAGGAAUGAAGAGAAUAACAUGAUGAACAAUUUCUCUGCUGCAAGUAAAACUUUGUGAAGUGGUUUAUCAAUAACUAUUUGAAACUUUAAUCUACAAAAAACCACAUCGACAAAUCAUGAUCAUUACACAAUGUACUGAACACAGUUUAAUCUAAACAUGCAUAAAUAAGUGACGGACACACAAUACAACACUGUCGAACAAUAUUUACAUAAGAUUUUAAUCACACCGGCACAUUUAUCUCCAGUCAAAGUGGGUCUGACUGGAGAUAAAUGUGGGUUCGCUGAGUUCAGGGAAAGUCUGCGAAAGCAAAAGCACAUCAUUUGCAUAGAAGAUUUGUCAGCGAAGUGAUAGUCCCAUUUAGAGAGGUCUCACAGGGAUCAUCCCUCACCUGUUUGUUAAUGGAGAAACACCUAACAGACUGCAUAAUCUGCUACUUAAAGACAGACAGUGUGUAUUAGGGAGAGAGGAAAAUGUAAAGGGCUUCAACAAAUUAAAUAAUAGCCUCUCGGUAUCUUGGUUAUGUAGGAGCACUUCAAUAUGUCAGACAAUAUGUGAAAGAUGUGAGAGCGAUGAAGAAUAAGACACUAGGGCCACUGUGUUCGCCACAUUUGCAAGUUACAUAACGAAGAAACAAACAAAAAAAUCAUUAAUCAUUCAGAAAAAUACACAAUCUUUGCGGUUUCAUCUAAGCUUAUACAGUGUUGAGAAUUCUGUCACAUCCUUUCCACAGGUGCAGAUUUCAUCCUCUUUUUUGUCAUAAAUGUAAAAUCACAUUCACUGACGAUGAAUCAUCCCCCUCCCUUUUUUUUCCAAUCAACCCUUUCUUUUAAAUGUUGUACCGCAGUGGAAAAGCUACGUGUUCAAUGCAAGUUCAAGAGAGUUACAUAAGUUCCUGGGUUGCAGGUGGCAGGCCAGACGGAUGUAGACAAAAAAAAGAGGUGUGUAUGUGUUUGGGGGCGGGGGGGGAUUAGAGGAUAGAGAGCAAAGGGGAAGGAUGUUGGGGUGGGAAGAACAGAUUCAUGGCCAGGCAAGCCUUACAAGCAAAUCCCGAACAAACAAAGGCGGCCAAGGCGAGGUCUCAGUCAUGUCGAAAGGGAGAGAGAGGAGAGCGAUGAGAGGGCGAGCUAGGGGAAAGAGUCAGAGGUAGACAAACAACCAGACAGGGGGGCCAGUGCAAAGACAAAACAUAGACAGGACCUACUAAAAAUAGUGUGCUGUUGACACUGAGCGGAUAGAUCGAGGUAGACUGCAGACGUCUGUUAAAAAAAGUCACAACCUGUUUCUAUGGCGGGGGGAAGUCACUCUUUAGGGGCUGGAGGAAGUUAAAAGUCACGUCAAGUGUUUGUUUUAUGGUUGUUUUUUAUGAGUUUCCUCAAUAACACAGGCUUUGACCGCCUCUGUGUUUUAAAACAGGGCAGUCAGGAAGCAACAGAUUAGAGCACCGUAUCAGAAAACUUGAUUUGGUGUAUAGUUGGUGAGUUUGCACCUUGAAUUAGCCCUGAGCUUGAUUUUUAUCACUGCUGGGCCCACAAUGACGUCUUUUUCAUAGACCUCUUGAGUUACUGCCUUGUUGUGUUGUGAUUGUGUGAAUAGGCGGCCGUUGGUGUGGUGCCAGGAGAGGCCUGGAGCCCCCCGCUGAAUGGUAUAUGUGUCUAUUUGUGUACAUGCCUUUACUCCUCUAUAUGACUGAACUGGACACUGUCUGCUGUAUAUAGUAGGGAAAGAUUUGUGAUUUUAAGACAGCUCAGUUCAGUAUCUUUCACCCUGAACUCUGGCAUACAGAUAUUAGUUGUUGUUGCAACCGCCUGUGUACAGGUUGUCUUUACCAAUACUGCUGUAGUUCCAUGUUCGGUUGGCCCUAGCAACAUGAUAAACAAAACACGGGGAAACAAAACAUCAGAUUGUCAUUGCGGUAUCUCUCUUUUCUGUCACUUUCUGAGUGCGGUGUGUCUGUUGGUUUUGUAUUUUCUUCCCUCUUUUAGAAGUUAUAUAACAGUUUCGCUUUAAUCUAACGGACCAAUCAGAUUCAUAAAAGGAAGUGAGAUUAAAAUUAAAUUAUUAUGUAAUUGAAGGUACUUUACUGCAUUUUUUUGGGAACUCAAAGUUUGAGACAUACUCAUUUACGGUAAUUUUGCUUUAAAUUAUUGUAAGCACGCCCAGACAGACAUAUACCCUAAUGCCUUCUUUUUAUGGUUAUGUCAUGUAGCAUCUUUAUUCACCAACACUGAACUUCUCGGUGACAGCUGCAAGGUCAGGACUGAUGAUUCAUCUGUCUGUCUGUCUGGGAGACGCGGGACACUCCCUGGCAACUCACACGCACACUAACACACUCACACACAGAUGCAAACAGACUUGCAGCGCUGUGUUCAGUAGUCAGAGGUGACCCACGGCAUUAUAGAGCCGAAGAAUCCAGCUAAUCUCCUCUGUCCUGAGUGACAGAGAGGGGACACAGUAUGUACCAGAGCAGGAUUAUAAAUCUAUAAGUAUCAUAUCAGUUUUGUCCUCUGAGUCCAUUUUAAGACAUCAUAGCGUGCUGGAGAAGUCUUAGAGAAGGGAUUUGACACACCCAAAUUACAAAAAGUGAGGCCAAAAGUAUUUUUGACAAGCACAUUUUUAGUAAGAAUGCAUUAGAUAUACAUACAGGACAGAUGAAGUAAAAAAAUAGAAAGACCCGGAAUACUUCACAAACUGGAAAAAAAGCUUAAAUUAAAAAGAAAUAAUUCUCUACUAACUUCAGCACACGCAUUUAGUUUCUGGAUUACAUAAGGGCUCUUUAGUGAUUGUUAUCACGCUGCGGUCACAAAAUAAUAAAUAUUCAACAAUCAAGUGUCAAGGAAAACAGGCUUUUUUUUCUGCUUGUGGUUGUGAAGCGUAAUCCGUCCAAAAAGAUGUUGUGGUUUCCGAUUAAAACUCUUUGUACCGAAGCCCAGGAGGCCCAGCUCCGUCUCACAAACAGGAUUUGUUUAAAAUGGCAAAAGUCCAUGAAAAAUAGACAUGAAGUGAAAAGAGGCAUGAAGAGUUGCAUCACAUACAGCAUAACAAGGGCAGACACCUUGAAUUUAAAAAGGGGGAAUUCAGAAUCACUUAGACACAGAAAUAUAAUUCAAUAAACAGUUUAAAAAAAGGAAUGCAGCUCCACAAAUCCACCGAAAUCCAGUCACCUUUAUGUUAGUACAACUAUCUGUCCCUCCCUCUUUUGUUCAGGGCUCAUCCCUUUCUAACUCUCUGUGUAUUUUCUCUGUUUGCCCUUUCUCUCUCUUUCUUUCUUCAUCAUAGUCAUUCUAGUUGGCAGCAGCUGCUGAACUUAUAUAAUUCUUAGCAAAGGAGGGGUGAGGUUGACCACUCACUGCCUUAUCAGUUUGGACCAUGACUAUGGCGCCGAUUAAGAUAAUAAGACAGCCUGUCAACACUUGCCACCACACACACACACACAGCCCUGUACUUUAGAGUGAGUAAUAGUAUCACAAACAACAAAUAUCUCAUAAUUACACUCUUUAAAUAGGCAUUAGACUGUAAUACAGCUUGCAUAAUGCUUUGUAUCAGGCUGCAGCUUGCACACAACAAUAGCCAGCACAACAGCUGAUGUCAGGCAAUGGAAAAUACUUGUCUCCUGUAUGGUUCAUGAUGCAGAUGUAGGGAAAUGAAAUGAUGGAGUUUCCAUACCACCCAAGCUAAGCUGUAAAAGCUGCUGACUGGGUGGCAGUCAAAGUUUCAUUUUGCUACUUUCUGCUGUUUUUCAUUAGUGGAGUUCAAACUCUGACUUAAGGGUGAGAAAAUAGUGACCCGCCCUGACAGAACUGCAUGAGUUCAAGUUAGGUUAGAGUAAAGCAAAGUAGAUCAGAGAUAAAGUUUUUAAAUGACCUUAGUUUUUUCCAGAUCCAUGGUGAGAAGGUUUUCAGUCCACUUGACAGUAAGAGUCAACACUCCCAAACUCUCAGUGCAUGAAGUUGGUCUGUCUCCCUUAUUGUCAAAAUGUGAUCAUUAGGGCCUAUACACACUUGCAACAUUUUAUCUUUUUUUUUGCACAGGGCGUGUAUGUUUAAAAACAUUACACAAAACCAGUGUAGGUCAGUGUUUCCAGCGCUCAGCGUCCCACUGCUGUUGCUUUAUGUUUACAGUUUUUACUCACUUUUGUUUUGUGUUGAGGAUCCAUUGAUUUAAGGCAAACUGCAAACAUACAGAACUAUUCAAAACAGCUUCAACAGUCACAUGGACUACUUGUGAACAACCUUUGUGACCUUGCAUCUGAGGGUGUUUACGGAAAGUGCUCUGAAAUUAAGUUCAUAGGUGCAGCCAGCACAAAAAGAAUGCUGUUAAUGGACACAGGCCCUUAAGAUGUUACUUUAGUGACACAUGCAGGACCCCACUUCUAGUUUAGUUAAGGUUAGUUUCUGUUUAGACAUUCAAAAUAAACAGUCAACUAAGAGAUAAUAAAUGUUUACCAGGCUGAUAAAAUAGUGUUUUCAAGAGGACAGGCAUACCUGGACUUCCUUUUCACGUUAAGUCUGAUUCUUACUCCAUCUGUUCCUCUCUGGAUGUCUGUUUCAUAACCCUAAAUGCCGUUUGACUCUGUUUUUUUUUUCUCCCUUCCUCACCACAACAGUCUGCUUCACAAUACCGCCAGACAGUGCUUUUGUAGAGCAGGUCAGCACCAGGUCUAUCAUUAGUCUGUCUCAUUCUCUCUAUUCAUACGCAGGUUGGGUACAUAAUGUACCCAUCAAGUACAUGCACACAUACGCACACUCACACAAAGAGCCGCAUAGGCUCAGGGAGAAGAAAAAUGGGUGAAAUUGCUGGGAAAUGAGCUUGCACAGCAGAGCUCACCUGUGCUCAGGUCAAAGGAUUCACACAAAAAAACACACUUUUUGCACACUUACACAAACACUUUUAUGAUGUCUUUACCCCUGCAGGGAUGAGAGGUAGUAUUAGAUCUAGUUUAGUGAUGCUCUUGCUUCCAAGAGACUCUUGGGAGGAAAACAAUUACCUCUCUGAACUUCUUCAGGUCAUGAGGUGCAAUUUUUCAACAACACGGGUUACAGCAGCAGCAACAGCGAGCACUCAAGUUCUAUUUUUGAAUUUACUGGUCAUCUCAGAUUUGACAAAUAGCUUGUUUUUUUCUCUCUCUCCUGACUGCACUUCUGUGUUCUCUAGUCAAAAAAUUGCAGCCUUUUGGUGUAUGUUGGUAUGAAGGAGCCAAGAGUUUCCCCGAUCAUUACCCCCCUCCCUCAUGCAAUGGGCAAAAGGGUAAUGGGUUUUUGUAUUAAGAAGCGCAGUUGCAGUAGGGAUUAUAUGUCAAACUUAGUUAAGCGUCAUUAUGCUGUUUUUGGCCCAUUAAACGAUUAUGUAAUAUGGGUGUUGGGGGAGAAAAUAUGUAAAUGGAUUCUCACUGGCGUCUCUAACAUCUGCUCCCCAUCGUUACAAACAUACUCUUAAUUUAAUCUGCAGUACCUGUGCCGUGUUUUCAAUGUGUGCCCAAUUAAAGCUUUCUGAAGUGUUUACCUCAUUUUGCAAGACACGUCACCUCAACAACACAAGCCCUCUCUUGCUGGUAACUCUUGUGUUGUGUUGCCAUCUUUAAUUGCAGCAUUUAAAUGGGCUUUGACUCAAUAUUGAAGGGAAAGGAAAAAUAAACUAAUAGGAGACUUCACAGAGCUGUCAGGUGAGGACACAGAGUCGUGUUGAAAUGAACUCAUGCCUUAAUGCGGUGACUUUGUUUUUAAUCAGAUGUACCCAGGUGUGCGGUAAACAUCGCAGAUAAAGUCGAGAGAUGUUUUUUGUUUUGUUUUCUCAGAAGGCAGGGGCAGAGCUCGGUGGAAAAGUGUAAUGUCAUAAAACUGCCACUCUGAAUUACAGUUUACAGUUUACAUGCUCUAAAUAGGGCCAAGUGACUGGCAAACGCUCAUGAACCUUAAUCAAACUCCGACUUUACUGUAAUGAAUGUGGUUUCCUGUUUGUUCCUAGUAAGUCCAACUUUCCAAGCUCUUUUUGGCGCAGAGUCUUGAAGCUUUAGGGUAAAAAGGAAGAGAAAGAGAAGGGAGAAAAAAAGGAAAAGGAACCAAAAGGUGAAAACACACAGACAAAAGCAGCAGAAACCUUGUUUUUCUUCCAUGACGGCAAUGUAGUUUCUUACAGUAAGUCACAGGCCUCCUCAGAGAUUUUGUAUCCUCAUUUGAUCACAUGUUUGGCUCAAAAGUAACCUCUUAAGUACAAAAGAGAAGCUGCAUGACACAGGUCCGGUUUGGUCCCAGUUGCAGACAGUGGUCACUAAAUGAAAAGGUGGAGUUGUUCUUCAAAGCUCCUCUCUCUCUCUCUCUCUCUCUCUCUCUCUCUCUCUCUCUCUGUGGAUUGUCUUUCUGGCAGACAACAGCCUGCCAAAGAGAGAAGAAUGAACGUACGUGCCAAGUUUCUGGGAGUCUGAGAUUUUCUGGCUGCUCCCCAGCUCUGAGAAAGAGAAGCAGAGAGGCAGAUACAGAGCGAAAAUAACAAGAGGCAUCCCGUCCAAUAAGGCCUCGCUUCAGUCUGUCUUUGUGUCACUGUGUCUAAAAGAGGCAGUCGUACCAGGGAGCAGCCAAGUCCACGCCAUCGUACUGUAUUUAUCUGAUAAGCUAUUAUGCUUCUCUCUCCCCCCCCUGCAAUCUAACUGUGCCAUCGUGAGGAGCAAUUAACACCAGUGGCAUUAGACGACCUCUCUCUGCAUUCCUUCCAGUCUGGUGUCACAGAAUAGAGUAAGUCGUCAUUAGGUUGCACGCUGGGGUGUUUACACAGCACAGUUAGGUUAAACAGGGAUCCUCUCAUAAAGAGUGUGCACUGCCAGAGCAAAGUACAAGAGAUUUAUGUAAGGAAAAGUGGACUGUGAUGAACUCUGACACCCUCUUUGCCUCCCCUUCUUCUUCUUUACUUCUGAAAUGUUGCUGGCUCCCUCCUCACACACGUAUUCUAUCCAGCCUGCCAUCCAUGUCCCUGCAUGGCACAAAGCUUUCAGCACUCAAAGACCUAUUUAUCACUCGCCUGAAUACAAGGUGCCGCAUAAGAGGAAGUGAAGCCUGCAGAAAGAAAGAAUUUAUAUAACACUGGAGUUCAGGAACUCUCAAUACUUAUGAGUAAACGGCGUGGAAGUCAGCUGGGGUCAGGCGGUUAUUUCUUGCACAAGUCAAGGAGUUUGAGACCGACAGUUGACUCCUGUUUCACCCCAAGUCACAACUCAGAGCUCUGCAAAGGUCAGUCAAAACAGGUCAGGAGAAAGCACAGAUUAUUCACCGCAGGUAUUUUAGUCUGUUUCCUUUUUUUAAACUUAGAAACUGUGUAUCUUUCAAUAUUUAAUCCACACAUCAACAGAAAUCCACGCUCCAGUCAUCUGUGAGGUGUGUUUUCUCUCCUUCUCUUACACAUUUCCAUCUGCUUCUCAAACUCACCCUGCCCGACCCUGAUGUUUUUUACUGAUGAAUCACCCUCCAGCUUGUCUAGCAUAAUUUAAGCGAUAUUUUGCUAUAGGCUUAUAAGCGAGAGGUCACAGUGUGUGGGAAGGAAAUACAGCACAUACAGGGUGGAUCUGUUAUGAAACUCUGUUUUUGUUUUGGAUGUUGAUGAGUCGGAAGGAGUCUUGGGUCAGAGUGUGACCUUAAACUACUGGAAGGGCUUAUUUUGCAUGAAGCUGAGAUGAAGUUCCAUGUGUGCCUGGAGAAAAUAAGCCGAGCCGCUGGCAGGAAAGAGAAGACUGACAGAGUAGAUAUUUUCAAGUAAAGCUGAUGGAAAAUGAGACUUGGUUUCCACUUCCAGUGUACACUUUAUAGCCUGAUCCUGGUGUCAUGUAACAAGGAGGUCCGGUGUGAUUUUUAAGAAACAGGAUUCAGUCGUCUGUGAAUGAAACUUAACAAACCUGUCGUUUCACACGUACGUGCAGGAGGGUAAAUGGUUGCUCAGGGUUGUCUGAGGAUUGACCGGUCAAAAGUUGAAUGUUCUGACACUUCAACCAUGAAUAAUCUGUGGGUGUAUUGUAAUGGCUCAGUGCUCCCUCUGAUUUCCAAGACAGAGUUCUGUUCUCACCAGAGGUUACAUAACAAACAGACACACACAGCAGUGUGAAAGUGUUGGCAAAACACUGACAAUCCUUCCAUGCAUAUUUUUUUUUUCACGAUUUUAUCAUCAUCCCCCAGAAUUUGAACAAAUCUGUUUAUAUCUGAUCCUAUUUGCUGGUCUUAGUGAAGCGUAUUUCUAGGGCACCUUUUGUUCGCAGGCCUACUUCUCAGCUCUCUGUAGUGAAAAGGAUGCUAUUGUAGACCGUAUCAGUGGGAAAUUCUGAGCAACACCCCUGAUAAAAAAACAAAGUCUGGAGCUGUUUUCCUUUGAAAGCCAUCAAGGGUUUGAUAUAAAAGAAAAUAAGCAGAAUAUUUCCUUCUAUUCACACUCAAAUAAGCUUUCUAGGAGGAGGUAUCAGAUUCAGAGGAGGCAGACCUUGUCCCUGUGCGUCCUUUCUGCAGUGAUAUGUACACAUAUGCAUAAUGGACUGUAAACAAGGGGAUAACUUCUGCACGCAAAGUAGUCAUCUUUUUUUCACAAGAUAAUAACUUUGGCAUAUUCAUAACCUUGAGUGCAUAAGAUAGAAACUUUCUCCCACAAGGAAACUAGUUUGUGCAUGUCGCUACCUGAUUCGUCCCGGAAACCCGAUUUGUACUGCGCAUGUGCGAAACGUAUGUCACUUCCUUGACUAACCAUCUUUGCGGCAGCUCAGCAAUUCUUUGCCCUUCAUGGUUUGCAACAGUCGACAUUGUUGAAAUUGAAACGCUGUAUAAAAACGCUGAAAUUCAUCGUCCAUAAUGUGUAAGUCAGAGAACCAUAAUUUUGACCAGGUGGCGGCGCUCUCUGUGGGACAAAAGGUGUCACCGUGCUGGGCAGAAGAUCCGGCGAAUGCCUCGGCAUUAGCUCUGGAGCCUCCUGCUACCUAGCCUGUCACAUCGCCAGCUGGUUUCUGAAUCCGAUCGGUAGUUUAGAUAAAGUUCUUAAGGUGACGUAAAUUUGCACUUGCGCAGUAUGGAUCAGAUAGGUAGCAAAAGUCACAACUAACUGCUGUAAAAUGCAUUGAAAUACUAGGAGAGGAAAUGACGUACGUUUCACACAUGCGCAGUAAAAAUCGGGUUUCUCGGACAGAUCGGGUAGCGACAGUGCACACAAGAAAAGUUAUUCCUACAUAACAAUAAUCAUGUCCACAUAAGAUAAAAAUGACAGCCUUUGUUGGUACUUAAGGCUCUCUGUAGGAAAAGAAUAGAUUUUAGUUCUGGUGUCACCUUGAUCAAAGUUAUCCAAAGUGUUUUAGUUCACAACUUGAAUAUGUGUCAUCAAAAUACGUGUCAUGCACCUUCAGUCGUAGGAGUCCAAAGCACCUGCUGUCGCAAACACAAUGAGACGUGCAGGAGGACAGAUAAGGAUUUAGAUUCUGCUUACUGUUGUGAUCCUGUGAUAAGAGGAUAGCACAUUUUGCAGAUGUCGGCACAGUUACCGCUGCACAACAUCCCACUGACGUGUCUUCUUCUAAACAGAAGGGAGCAAGUUAAACGUAGGGUGAAACUUUGAGUCUGAUUUAAUCAUUUUAAUAUGUCAACAGUUUAUCUCUCCCUCAUUGCUUAAUGCACCCACCCCCCAAACACACACACACACACACACACACACACACACACACACAACUCAAGGUAGCCAUGUUUUCUGACGGUUUAUCUAAAGAACUGGGAGUACAGCCAACGCCUCAUAUCAGAGGAAGCACUGCCUAACAACAGCUGUGAAAGUCCUCUCUUCCCUCCCCGCCUCCCUCCCUCCUCCCUCUUUCUCCUCCUCUCAUUUUCUCUUCCUCAUUUUUGCAUUUUCCUGUUUUGGUGUUUGGUGGCUCUCUGCUCAGCUCAGUCUCUGAUACAAAGCGAGGGGGCUGUCCUCAGGGCGGCGGUGCCCAGACACACACGCAGUAUCUGGUGAACUGAUGAAAGGCGAUCCCUUGGAUGCUUGUUAUCGCACUAAUUUGCGUGUCUGUCUCGUCCAUUGUUUGGCAACUUUGUCUUGACUGUGUUUUUCUUCUCUUCUUGCAGACACAUGGCUUUCAUAGCAGAGCUUUAAUAGACAUCAAAACAACUAAAAAUAUUGUCAAUAUCCCUGAGUCACAUUAUUACACACUCAUUUUACCAAAAUGCAGGAAAUAUUACACAAGAUGUGGUUUGCCGUAUCUUCUUGCUAAAGGAAACGUGCAUAUCUUGCAGUAUCUCCUUGAGUUCAAGAGGCAUGUUAAGAAAAGUUUUUUGUCUUUAACAAAAGUCAUGUGUGGUUUAUCUUCUGAUCUAUGUUCUGUCACACAUGUGUAAACAGAAAAGCCCAUAUUUGUUUUUGUCGUCAAAGCAGUCAAAGAAAAAAAGUACCCACAAGUUGCUGCAGGUGUGUAACUUCGUAUAUGCCCUAUUUUCAGAACCAAAACAGACAGCAGCAUAUCCGUUUUCAACGCUUUUUGUCUUCUUUUUAACAGAGUAGAAAGGCAUGAUAGGGCAGAUAAAUUCAUUUUUUUCUCUCGAAGAAUACUGCCCUGAUCCAGUUCACUCACAGAACAAACACAAGCUCCUGAAUGUCUUGUGUAAUCAGACAUUUUACUGCUCCCCCCUGAUAUUUUGCAUCUAUAUGCAGCUCCGUUUUACAUGCUGACUUGUAAGCAGCUUUUCUUUUCGAUAAACACACACGUCAUGGCAGCAACACCUACGCUAGAAACGGGUAAGCGUGCACCAGACAACAACUUGCGUUAUGACGAGACAGGUCAGAGACAGGAUAAUAACCCUGAGGGAGGGUGAGGCUGUCCCAACGCAUGCCUGUCAGGUAGGAUUUACUGCUCAGAGACAGUGUGAACAGACAAGAAUAACAAUAGCUGCACGAGGAGGAGAAUUGCAGCUGAGCAGAAAAGUGAACAAUGUGCCCAAGGUGGCAGACAAGAUGUAAAAGUUACUCGGCCAUUUCAACCAAGAGUAAGCAGGACACAAAUAUUUACACUAUUUGAAAUAAUAUCUCUGUAUUCAAGAGGCACACUCUGUUUCUUUUGUGAUUAUAUGACAAUGUCCUUGUUGUAAAGGUUGGCAGCCACCUUGCAGGCGCCACACUGUGCGCCUUUCUCCGCAGCCGGGCUGUAAUUACAGUCGUACCAAGACAGAACACACCACAGUCAUUAUGAUGGUGUGAAGAGGACAAUCAGGCACAGGCUGGAAAACAAAGAUAAUGGGUUGCGGUUUAUAACUGUGGAUGUAUAUGUGUGUGUGUUUGUGCAUUGGGAGUGUGUGUAGAGGUCAGGAGUCAUGCAGCGGGUAUAAAAACAUGUGACAUACUUAACUUUUGGUUUACUUCUGCAAAAGUCUGAAACAGUUCCUGAAAAUAGCACGCACAAAUUCAAACAUGACUCACUCAUGGAUAUAUUUGAAGGAUAACAAAGUGUCACUUCUUGCGAUGGAAAUGUUAAGAAGGAAAUGCCCCAGAUUUGUUAUGAGUAUCCUAUCAAUCUGUCAGUCUUACUUCAAUUUGGCUUCGUACUUCAACUACACAGUCACAUGUAUAUUAUUGCUGUUCACUCAGCUCUAUGAAUGUAUUGAAAGAUGGACGUUUUUAUCACAGGUAAUAUAACAAUAAAGCUCCAGCUGCGUCAGACAAACAUGCUGGCAGAAACCUGCUGGAGUGCGCAGCACAAAGCCAAGCCUGGCAUAUUUUCCCUGUUUCAUGAUGCCCUGCGGCGAGCGCUUGAGCUUUUGCAGGUUGAAGCCAAAGACAACCGUGCAUCAGUAUUCUGCUCUAAAGAGUCAUGCAUUUGUGUUUGACCCCCUUGACCUCUCCCACUCUAAUAUCUUCUUUGGCUAGUUACAUUUCCUGGUUUGGGGAAUGAAUCUUGAAAUUUAUUACUCCCAGCAAAUAAACCUGCGUGUAUACAGAGCAUUUAAACUUUAACCCUAACGCACACCUUGCUGAGGCAAUGCAGUGCUUGUGGGAACCUUGUCAUAAAAAUGCCUGAACUCCUUGAUUUGAGUAUGAAGAUAAUGUGACACCUAACCGGCUCACAAACACUUCUUGCGUGGGCAAAUCUGGCCAUCUCCAAAACAAUAAAGGACUCUUACGCACUUCUUGUUGCAGCCAGGCCAGAUCUGAUUAGAGCUUUUACGUCAGAAGAUGUAAAGCGUAACGAACAUCUUCUAUUGCUAUUUCAAAAGACGCUGUUAUUUUGAUUGACGCCAGAGGAUAACAUUUCGAAAGGCAGUUUGCAGUUUUUCCCUGGCAGUCAGUUCAAACUAGUUUUAAUCCCUAAAUCUUAAAGAACAUUUUGUUGGUGAAGGAAAAACCCAGCAAAAAAAAUAAUCUUCAACCCCUGAAAGGUGACAGCAUGGUAAAAGAUCUCUCUAGUUGUGAUUUCUGUCCUGCCAAAGGCUGUAAAUCUACAAGUCCAUGCAGAGGUAAAAACACUGUGUGGUGCAUUUGCGUGCUUGUAAGUAUGCGAUCGUGUACGUGCUUUAUCUGCAUACAUCAGAUCUAGCUGCGUGCAUAUGCAUGACCAUUUUUUUGUAUGAAUGUUUUGAUGCACAUUGUCAGCAUGCAUACUGUAGGUGAGCAUGAAUAUCUUUAUGCUGUUUCCAUGCUUGGAUGCACACCUCCGCUUGCACAGGACCGUGUUUGUGUACCUGUGCGUUGUGUGCGUGCAAAACAGAUCUGAGUGUGCUCUCUGCUUUCAUAAGUGAACUUUGGACCCCUUGGGUACACGUUGGAGGCUGGCCAAUUCAGCCCACAUUGUUUACCCAAGCCUUUAUACAAUGACUGGGAUGGUAGAUCGUGUUUACUCGCUCUUCUGCGCAGCUUGGAGGCGAGGAAGAUGACAUCUCAGAAAGACAAUUUGUCUUGUGUACAUUGAACGACUCUGAGCUCAAGAGAGGUUUUCAAGUAGAAAUAUUUCCUGUUUGUGUCCCAGAGCAAGCUCGAACCUUUGCUGUCAGCCAGUCAUCCGCAACAAAAUCCCCCAAUUUAACAAGAAUAUUUUCUUUUUAUGAACGUAAAAGCCCAUCGAGCUAGAUGUAUUUUCAAGGAAGCAAAUAAAAUCUUCCUUCGGGCCCUUUUUGCAAUUCUGCAGUCAUUCAAAACCGUUUUGUUUGUGCAAAUUGCAAAGUAGUGGCACCAUUAGAGUGAAUUUUCAGCAACUGCAACAUAACUUACUCCCUCACUUCAAACAUUUGCAUUCAUUACAAAGCAGCAUGCUCAAUGAGCUGUGGCUGAGAAGUGUUUUUUUUCCAAGGAGAAUCCCUUUAGAAAAAGAGAGACUCAUUUGUUUAGUCACAAACACUUACUGCUCAAAGUACCCUGAAAAACCACACUGCUGGAAAAAGACAUCUGCAAACUUAGUGGGUACAAUGUCUCAUGAUAGUGUAGAUGCUCACAUUAUACGACUUUUUAAUGCACAUUUUAUUUUCUAUUUAAGGUAAAGAGACACUUCACAAUGCCUGAUUUUUCUUUCUGCUCCGGCAAUGAAACCAAAUACCCCGGAGUCAAGUUCUUAUCUGUUUUCUUUGUCCUCAACCCGGGUGCAUGUCUCUAAAUGGGCUGUGACAAAGAGGAGGGAAAAAAAAGCCCCAAAAUAACCAAUCAGGGCAGCUUGUAAGAUUUGCGUCUUUGCCUGAGGGACAGGCUCUCUGGCUUUUUGAAGGCAGGAUAGGCUGGGGUUCCUGUAAACUCCCAAACAACCUCAGCUCAGCACUACACUGAGUUUGAUAUCACAAAGUUCCCCGGUUUAUUCAGAUCGCACAGCCCCCUUUUGAUGCUGAUCCUUCCUCUGACUGAGCCACAUCCUGAAAUAGAGCCAUUUUGUUACACAAUUAAUCCUGUUGAACCGAUAUUAGUCAUAAACAACACAAAUGUUUUUUGAGCUCUGAGAGAUUUGCUUGAGCUUCAAAAUGCAGAGAGAACUCGAGACAUUGUAGGCUAAGACCUAGCUGUAAGAGUGAGCGUGUUAGCUGCCUGUCAGAGCGACAACAACAAAACAAAGUUCAAGUUACAAGAAACCAGAGGGUCAAGUGUCACGCAUGUGUUACACUCAUGAAACACAGAUAUACAGCAUAGCAUGAGGGCGGCGAAUGAAUGAUUUUUGCUUCAUUAGUUGCAUUACAUGUAUGCAUAUCCAAGGUUAGAUAAGGCUUACAUAAACAGCCUGUGCCCAGGGACACUGAAACGCUUACAUACCAGUGAUGUGGUACCCUAUAGAGUGUUGUGUAAUUGCAUCUUAUCAAUUAAGGCCGUUUCCCAGGCACCAUAGAUACCAUACAUUCAAGGCAGGUUCAGAUAUACAUCCAUACUGUAGCUAGAUCAACAACUAGAGAUGAAUUACAGAAAAAUCAAAGAUACCUUCACUAACUGAGCGUGUUUGCAGAACGAGACCAAAUGAUUUUACCCUCUUUAAAACUGAAGAAAGGUGUACUUUGGUAGAUUCUGGGAAAAUAUAUUGAUCAGGGUACAUAUCUUAAAGAACUCUGAAUGGAUUAGUGAUGAAAUGCACAUGAUCAGGUCAUGCAGAAAUAUACAGUGUUUCUGCAUGACCUGUGGUCUGAUUCAUAAGAAACAUUAACACAUCUGUAAUGUUGCUUGAAUGUGUGUAGUGCUGCUUGAACGCGUCCUACUGAAGUGUUUUUGCGCUCUAGUGUGAGUUGUUUACAUCGCGUUGCCAUGGCAACACGUAGCCAGCGAGUCAUCGAGAAACCGGAAGUUAUUGUGGGCAGAUUCGCGAGGUCCGUCAACUGUUCAGUUCUAAGCUCCUCUCGUUUCCUCCGUUUUCAUCCCUCUAGUCCAUGCAACGUCUCUAAGUGUUUAUACGUUGUUGUAUUGUUGUAUUAAGAUGAAGGUUGUAGUGAAGUGUAAUUAAGUUGUUAAAACGGCUAUGGCGCUAAUCGCUAAUGCUACACGAAGUUAGUUUCAUGUUUUUCGUUGCUAGCGGCAUUCUAGCUCGUUUGUGAUUAUAACGGUUAAAGCUAAUGUAGCUUAGCUCUACUGCUUGUCUGUGUGUAAGCCGUAACUCAUUGUUUUAUAUGUUCCUGUAUCAUUUCAGUUUCACAAGAUUCCUCAGUAAACUUGAAGAGGUGAAUCAACUGCAUCUGAGAGUUUAUUGGGGAGUGUUUAUACUGCUUGGAAGUAGCCCAUGACAACAUCUAUAUCACAAAAAAUGUUGUAUUACUUUAAUUUUAAUUUGAAAAACUGCAUUGUAAUUAACAUUUUGCAAUUCUCAUUAACUCCCCAGAAUUUCACAGUGAGAAAACAAAGUAAUAAGUGUGUUUACAGCUUCAAUGUAUUUGUUUCACAGUCUUCACAAGGGUGGCCAACAUCUGGAUAUACAAUUUAGUUGCUCUGUGUGGCCACCUUAAUUGCAUUUUCUCAUUAAAGUUCCUUCAAGUCUCCUUCUAUUAAACUAUACAACAUGUGAGCGUUUAAGACUAGGGCCCCCACAUCUGCUCUCCUGUCAUCUGUGUGAGCCUGUCCUCUGUCGGUGGGGAUCCUCGCCACAUAGACAGGCUGAAGAAACAUUGCGUACACUGUGUUCUCUCAGCCUUCAGCCCUCCUCUGUGUUUGCAGUGUGCAGAACUCUACUCCAGAGUUGAAUGGUUUUAAUUUGUGAUGCUAUUUGAAAGGAGGACUCGCUAAAUAUAUGUGAGUUUCCCUUUGAGAGGAAAUAAAAGAGGUCUGUGAAUGGUUAGCGCUCAAAUGUACGGCCUAAUUUAUGGGCAUAUUUACAUAUGAACACCACAUAGGUUGAUUUUGAACUGCACAGAUGCCGUUUGGAGCAAUCAAUCUGAGUUUACAAUCGUUUCAAGUUAAAACACACAUGGGGUGAGAAUCCUGUGGCGAGUUUUUGAGAACAAGUACAUUCAGUACCAGAGACAAGUGGGUCAGAUCCAGCUUCUUUUCUACUCCUGCUUUGAAUACUUCGACUAUGUCAGUUUGUAGCUGUAUGGCCUGGUAUUAUUGUUUAAGUCUUUUCAAAGGUGUGAAAUGCCCACACAUAAAAUCUGCAUACAUUACAGCCUCGUUUUUCACAAUACACUAGCUAUACUGUACACCCUCAGCAGAUCAUUUGUUUUAUUCUCCGAUCGCAAUAAGAUUUACAACUUUCACUCUGAGUCAGAGCGUGUGUGACAAGAGGAGAACUGAUUGAGUUAUGAUCUGACUCAUUCUUGUGGUCUUGUUGAAAGAGAAUAAGAGGAUUUAUUUGACUUGUAGAAAUUAGUGGAAGGUAGGUUGAUGAAACUUCCUCAGGCUAGAAAACCAAACUUCGGUCGUUAAUGUCUUCGACUCGUCGUCGGAAGACCUAAAGAAAGACUCAAAUCCUUUUAAAGUGAUUUCAAGAAGAAAGGAGGGAUAUGUUUGAAGUUUCCUCUCAAAAACUGGUUCAGGUGCUUCAGUUUUUUUUGAGGUUGAUACCAUUUCACCAGAGUGAUUGAUGAUCAUGCUUGGAGAGUAUUGCAAAGCCUUUCAAGGCAUCCAAGUGUGGAAAGACAAAGACAGGCCCAAAAGCUUUUUUUUUUAUAAAUGUACAAACCCUGGUGUGAAAAAGUUCCUGGGGGGGUAUUCAGUUAUACGAGGUAUGUCUUGUUGCUCUAAGUAUGCUUGGUUGGAAAUAUUUGCCGGUGCAUAUCAUCCAUGUACUUACUAAUUCUUCCUGUUAGUCACAGAUAUGGCUUUAACCUGACACUUCUUUUCCACUUUGGAGAUUUUUUAUGCCAGACCUUCACAAUAUGAACCGGUCAUUUAUGAUUUUAUACCCCUCAACUCAUAUUAAAUGUGGUCUUGGUGUUUGAAAGGUAUUCAAAAUUUUCAAUUUUCUGUUCAUUAUAAAAAAGUUUAGCUUGUUCUGAAAAUGUACAGAUGAGAAAUUGCAGGUAUCAAGUCAAUAUGAGUUAGGAGAAAAUGUAGCAAACAAAAAAGAAUGAUGCAUCUGCUGUAAGAAUUUCGCAGGUGAUCUUUUUCUGUUAUGUGAAAAGAAUACCUAAUGGCCACGUUCCUUUUACAAUGACCGCCAAUGACUCGUCUGGAGUCAUCCGUGGGAACGUAGUCAUUGCCCCGUCGUCAUCUCACAGGUGACAGCAGAUUAGCUUGAAGACUCAGCGGAGAAGCCUGCUGGAGUCUGUGGGAACAAUUCAGUGUUUAGAUGACACUGACAGAGAGAGUUAGUGGGAUGCCUGUCGUCCAGUUAAAUCCAGAUUGCGCUGAUGAGGCCAGACGUGUGAGAGCAAGCACGUCUGCAAGCGUGUGUCCAACCGCACACAUUGACAUACACACGAGCAAACAAAAACACAAGCUAGCGCACAAACACUCACCAGGUGGGGAGACUCUUCGAGGGCCUGGAUUCCUCCAGUGUCCCAGUUGCUGGUGACUUAGGUCACGCAGCUGCAAAGUCAAGCAGGCGACCCAUGGAUAGAGAAAAGAUAUAGAGGGUGGGAAGAUGGAUAGAAUGGAAAAAAGUAAGAAAUGUAAGAGGGAACUGGGAUUUUAUAACUGGCAAGAGCUAGAGAGCAAUGAAAGAAACUUCUUAUUCCGUUUCAUUCAUCAAGCAAAGACUUCACUUUUUUAUGCCUCAUCUUCCAGGACAAAACUGUGUCUUUUAAACAUCCAAGUAUUUGAACCUGAAACGUUGUGUCUUGAUGUGGCGCAUAUGCUUGUCAACACAUGUAUCUGAUAUUGUUGAUUAUUAAGUCAGUGCAAAGAAAAAAAGUUGUCUCUUCUUCCUCAAAACAAUAGCUAACACACCAAUGAAAUACUUUUGCGCAAGCUGUUUGACAGGGACAGUGAAGAACAGUGCACUGCUGACUAACGGUGAACUAAAGUCAAAGCUUGUAAAAUGUGUAAACCAGCAGUGUUUUCCAAUUACACACCGUCCUUUUGGCAGAAAUUAAGGUCUGGAACAUUAAAAACUGUCGAAGCACAACAUGAAAAAAGUUUCAUGAUAAAAAGUAGGUUUUUUCUGUCAUUGUGUGGUUAACCGAGGUCACCAGAAGGCGUAGCAUGCCACGCUGCAGGUUUUAACCUGUUUCCAGCCGUUUUUCUUGUUUCAUUGGUUCCUCCCCAGACUAAUUACGAUGACAACAAUAUUACAGGAUUAAAUACUGACGUUGUCAGCUAAAAUAAAAGAUCUGUUAUUCAACACACCAGUUGGCAGAGGUUGGUGUUGAUGGUCUAGAAUAUUGAAGACGUUAAAAAAGUAGCAUUGUGAUUCUGGACUCCUCUUUUUUAAGAGAAUCUGAAUCACGUCAGUACUUCUAAUGAUUCUUGUAGCUCUGAUUGAUUCUUUUUCCACUGACUGAUAACCUCAGGAAUCUGUUUUUGGCACUGACGUCUUCUCUUGUUUGGCCUCUUGAUAAACUCCAGCAGACUGUUUACUGUCUUUAUCUUUCAAACAAUGGCGGGGGUUAGUCUGGAAAGAUGAUCCAAUUCUCUCAUUUAACAGAUUUAUUUACUUACACCACAGAUGCUGCCAAACGUCUCUUUAAAUGCAUCUCUGAAUAUAUGAUUCCACCAGCCCCAUUUUCCUGAUGACUUAUUGAUGUGAAGAUUGUAGCUGAAUGGAUGACCCAGUUUGCAAUUAAAGUCAAACCUGCCAACUUAGAGCUGGUAGUGUUGCAAAUUUCCUUGGAAUGAGUCCAUGUGAAUCAAUCAGCUCCACAGCUCAUACAGAAGAUCCCCAUUUCUCAGCGUUUCGACUCUCCUGUGAUGGAUUUCGGCACAGUAUGUACCCAUUGGCAUUCAGGAGCUUUAGACAACUUAAAUCAGACACAGAUACACAGAUCUACACCUACUACAGCAGCUUACAGCUACAGUACUCUACAGAAACAUAGACGGAUGAAUACAGACAGAUGGCAGUGAACUCUGUAACCUUUUGUCCUGGGACACGAUCCAACCGACAGUGUGUUUAUCCCAGGUGCCAUGCAAAGUGGCAGCCAUCCAGGCUUUCAGGUGUAACUGUUUUUAUCCUGCGUUGGGUAAACACAACAUGUUUUGUUAGUAAAAGCCUUUCCAUUAUUUUUGGACUUAGGAUAUCAGAAUUGACUUUUCAAGUACCAGAGAAGAAGUAACGAGCAGCUCUUUCAUAAUGUCUGUGGUAAACUAGGUGACCCAUAACAAAUCCAAGGGUUACAACAUGGCAAACAACUAAGUCUGCUAUUUAACACUGCAUGGGCAAUUGAGUCUACAACCUUUGACCUUUAGCAGAGCAUCUACAGAGCCAUUAGUGCGAUCACUAAACCGCAUCCACACCCUGGAGUCUAAUCCCCUGUCUUUCUGAGUGUACAAUCUUGAGUGUGUGUUGCCAUGCGUACUCAUGUUUGCACCGAAACACAGAUGGGGAUCCUAUGGGCUGUGGGUUCGAACAUACCGUAAUUUCUGUGUUGGGGGGGUUUCUGGGGCUCACCAUACUCCAGUAUUCCCCUAAUGUAAGUUUACUUCUCCUGGUCUUGACUGGGUGUCAGUGUUUUCACAGUAAAUUUGUCUGGAACCAUUCUCCAAGUCACCACAAGGUAAAUCUUUACAUUAUAGCCUGGAGCUGCCUGACUUCUGCUGAAUCACAGCCUGGUCCCAGAUGCUGCAAAGUCCCUGAGCUUGUUAACUGCAAUAUACUGCACACAGUCCCAUUUACUGCUGUCCUGUUGUAAGCCAUCGGUUCCAGCGAAGGCCACUGUAAAUGAAGUGAUUAUUGCUUUGAAAAAAUACAACUAACUGUUGUAAUAAAAGGAAAGGCGAUAAAACCAACUUAUGCAUUGUUAAAAGGAAAUCAAGUCAAGGUGAAGGAGCAGCAGUCCCCUCAGCCUUUUAAGAGGUAAUGAAGUUCAACAUGUCACCCAGCCAUUCGUAGCGGCUGCCUUUAGGGAGAAACUGGCAGAAAUAGUUUUGUAUUUUCUACCACAUUAAAAAAAAUCAUAAUUAAGAUGUUCCUUGAGCUAAGUGUAGGCUGUUAAAAAGUUGAUCCUUUGGCGCUGGUAACUAACAUUUAGCCGAACCUCUCAACUCUGGAGCUGACAUGGUGCCGGAACUUCUAAAGCCUCAAACAGUUACAUAAUCGGACUGUAGGAGCCCGCUGUUGCUGCGAUUCUACAGGUACAAAAUUUCAAUUUCUCCCUCACUCUGGAAAUUCAAUCAUAUAAGUCACUGUUGAUGAAGCCCAUAAUAAGACAUUGAAUCACCUCUUAUUUUUGUAAUUCCUCAUUCCCGUACAUGUCUAUAAGUGUAACCAGCCCUCCAUCUGUGCAGACAAUACUGGUCAGUUUAGCAAAAAAGAUAAUUAAAGACGUGUAGUUACAUGUGUGAUGCUAAAAAAAAAACAGAGAGUCAGAAAAAGCUGUGAUGAACUGUGCAGAAACACGAACAUCCAGAGGAGUCUCUUAACCUCUGAAGUUUGAACGUUUUGGCAGCUAUGGUGUCUGAAACUUGAGGUAAGAUAAAGAAAAUUCAAAAUAAAAAUCAAACAUUUUUUAAUAUCUUAUUAGUGCACAUAUUGUAUAUUUGAAAAACAAUCCAAUGUUGUUUUGGGAGGUUAGACCUCAAGAAUAAUUGGAAGAAAAAAAACAUUGGAUGAUUUUGCAUGACUAAGCUAAAUUAGAAAGGAUUAAAUGUUCUCAGUUUGAAAUUGCUCUGGAUUUAUUGGGUGUAAACGCAUUCAAAACAAGCCCUCAGUUCCCUCUCACGAUUCUGCACAGGGCUGGUCAGACACAGAUUAACCAAAGAACCAUGCGAAUAACCCUAAAUUGUAAUUGUGAACAGGGAUUGCCAAAGUGAACCUGAAAUUCCAGUAAAACAAAGUAUAUACUUGACCAAAUGUAAGAGAAAUAAAUAUUCCUGUAAACUCCAUUUGACAAUGAAUAGUUGAAUAUAUUUGUCGUGAAAAACAACAUGCAGAAACUGGUUUGAGAUAGCUUCCUGUUACAUAACACCGCAGUGUCAGAGUAUCUCAAUCCAGACACAUUAUCCAGUGUCACCAUUAGCAGGAAAAGGAUUAACUAAAGACAGAGGUGUGAGACAUUAACGCAGACCUGUCAGACUAGAAGCCUCCUGCAAUUAAUCAUUACGAGGGCAGUUUACCUUUGGUGUUACACCUUUCUUGCAGCAAAAGUACUGCAAACACUAAUGCAUUCAUUACAAGCCCGCUGACAAGGAGGAUUACCCAAACUGAUGAACAUGAACGGCACACAAGGAAUCUGAAUUGUUACAUAAAAAGCCACUGAGCUAAUUUGUCUGUCUCAGCAUGAUUUUGCUUGCAAAUCAUAGGUGGUUGUGCAACAAUUUCUCCAUAGUCUGUUUUUUGUUUGUUUUUUAGCUGUUCGGCGUGACUGCAGUCAUCUAAGGUUCAUUAAUCAUGAUUUAAGUUUUGCAUCAUGAAUUUGAAUUGUAUUCCUUUCACAAACACCUAGAGAGGGUUCUUUUCAUUCGUCUGAGUGUAUAGUGAUGAAACAAGUGGAAUCAUUUGGCAGGAAAACGUCCUCUUCAUUGUGACUCUGGAACCAGCGUGUACCGCUGGACUAGAAACACAUCAUACAAGUGCCAGUCUGUGCGUGGCACUCACAGUUAUGGCUGUAUAUCCAGAAGUACUGCCUCAAUUGUCUCAUUGUGCGCUGAGAGCACAGUUGUUGGGAACAAACAGUAGACCAGGGAGCAAACGGUCUCAGAGCUCCUGCUUCUCUUCCACUUGGAAGCAAAUAUGGGACAGUCUCGCACACGUCCGGCUCAGGUUCCCCCUGUUGGGGCCAUGCCGCCCUCUCCCAGGACGCUGUGCGCCCUCCGUCUGGCGGAACCAUCCCCUCGAUUCUGCUGCCACUACCAGCACUUCAGCUAUCCUGAGAGAGCUAUGAGCUACACACCCCCUUACUCGCCGAGUUUUUUCAAGAAGCCUGAUCGGCGGUAAGUGGGUACUGGAGGUGGUCUCUGACUUUGCUGUGCAUGUGAGAGGAUGUUUUACGGUAAAUAAGUCAAAAACAGAUAUGAAUACUAGAGAUAGCUCCAUAGAAGAUGGAUGAUAGCUGCAGGGUGUUGCAGAUUGAGAGUCCGUUGAAAUAUAUUGGAUUUGAUUUUACAAGCACGGACCAAUUUGAGCUGCUUAUUAAGCUUUGAAUUGCUCUACAUAUCUUAUGAUGUAUUUAACGUGCAUCAUUGUCUGCUUUAUAAAAGCAGCUAAAGUGAUUGCAGUUGUUAGAUAACAAUGCCAAUUCUGCCAUCAUCCUCUGCAUGCAUUGCAUGUUUGGUUCAACCUUUCACACAGAGUAAUACGACACGCCUUUGGUAGGCAGAAAUUGACAUCCUGUUGGAUUUAUUGAAACCUCAUGAGAAAGACCAAGGCCGUGUACCUGGUUUAUAUUCAUAGCUGUGGAGUCUCAUAGGUGAUGUGAUAAUAAUGACCGCCUCUGGGUGUUCUGCUGUAUGUGGAGUGUUCAGUAUUCAUUAGAUGUAACCGGGCCUGUUGGCCACACUGACAGCUUCCUCUGAGACAGCUGCUGGCUGCAGCCUAUGGCAGAGCUGUGUGGUCUCAGACGAUACUCCCACGCAUGCUGUGUAUCGCUAAUUGUGAGUGUGUGGAUGAGAUGCGAAGAGCAUAAAAAGAAGAAAAUGUCAUCAAUGAGACAUUUCCCCACAGUGAUUGUGUUUUAGCUUGUGGAUUUCAUCACUACUAAUUCCAAUGAGCUGUUUGUGUUUGUCUUGAAUUUGGUAAUAACCAACCCCCAACUGCUGCUCCUAACAGAAGUCAUGUUUGGCGUCGUCUCAGCUUCAUUCUUCUUCAGCCAUUGGUUCAGAUGAAUCACAGUCUUAUAUAACGCCAUUGGCUGUAGCACACAGGACAUCUGAUGGAAAGCAUUGCCCAUGGCCUAGCUUAAGAGUGACUCACUGGCACGCCCCAAACAUGGUCAGGCAGCGUGAGUUUCACAGAAAUCUGAGCAAAUUUCUCUCUCCAAAAAGCAUCAUAAGCCAAUGGCUUUGGCUUAUGAUGCUGUUUGGAAACACUCAGAGUCCGUCUAAACUGGAAUCACUCAUGUUGUGAGUGCAUGUCUUUCACUUGUUAGGAUUUGUAUUGGAGCAGUUAUGGCACGAAGAAUAGAAGCACCAUAUUUAACACUCCCAUCAUCUACUUCUUUACUGUAUUUGACAGCAUAUUUUUACAGCACAGGAUGGCUCCCUGCUGCCUCUAGUUUCUAUCUGUACACUUCAGCUUUAGCCACAGGCAAUCAGAGUGCCCCCUCCCUUCCUCCUCCUCAAUUCUAAAUGGGACUAUCACAGCGGGACAAGGUAAUUCAGCAGCCCCUCAUCACCAGAACAGGGCCUGAUAUUAAACCUGGCAGCUGUACUGUCACUGCACGAAAUCUGAGACGACAGGCACUAUGGGUCCUAAUACCAAGCCAGUGUGCUUUCUGCUCGGCCUUGUUAGGCCUACCCAAAGUCAGCCUUUCCACACUAAUUGUUUUGUUACAUAACAGGACUCCUUUUCUCUAAAAAAAAGACUUUUGCUUACCAUGCAGAGAUCAAAUAAUUUAGGGACCUUUUUUCAUCUACUUUGAUGCACAUCAUCUUUUCCUGUGGGGUCUAGUCGGUACUUUGCAUAGAAAACCACCCCUGUAUUGUUAGUUUAGAAAUGUAUGGACUUCCUGGCUGCAACAACAAAUAUCAAUUUAUAAUAUGUAUACAGGCAAUAUUUAAUGGCUUCCAUUGUCUCGGAGAUUGUACAAACAUUUUGACUAGCCUGUUCUACGGGUCCUUUGUGUUUGAGCAGAAAAAUGAUGCAACAGAGGCUCUCUGAUUGAAAUUUAGUUCAGUUUUGAAUCAUAAUUACUGCAGCAAAGGUAUGAUAAUACGACAGCAGAGAGGUGCAGAGCAAUUACAUUACAGCUACUAAAACGUGCAUGGACUCCCUGGUGUAAACAAGGUCUAUUGCUCAAUAAAAGCCACAGUCAGUGCUCAAGGAGAUUGUUGUGGAAAAACACGCCAGAUAUGCUUUUUUUUCCCCCUCUGAGCUCAACUUCUACUGCAAAUUAUUACACUUUGCAGGAGGCCCAGAGCUGUUGCGUCACAUCUCAACACUGUACUUCAGAGGAUCAUGUGAAGUGCAAGAGGUCAAUGAACAGGGCUUUAGAGUCACACUGAUUCCUGUAUCUCCCUCCAAGAAGUGAACACAUAGUCUAUAUUAAGUAUACUCUGUAAAUAUUUGGUUAAUGAUCCACAUAGAUGAAGGAUAAUGUGGUUGGGUGGUUGUGCAAAUCAGAAUCCCGACAGGGAGAGUGUGUUCUCAUGUCUACACCCAGAAAGAGUCAUAAUUUCCCAACUCUUAAACUCGCCUUAGAUUUUUGACACAGUGUCAUUGGAUAGAAGUGAAAUCUGCCUGGUGCGGCUAUGGGGUUUGAGCCAAUCAGAAUCAACUAUUCAACACAGUAUGUAACUUACAUUUCAUGAAGUCUGUGUUUACUUGAAAUGUCCACGACUACCUUUUGUUGUUGUUGUUGUUCAGCCUGCACAUAAACAUUGCAUGUAAGCUACAACAGCAUGUGGCAUGUAGUCGAAGAAAAUAACAUACAUUCUGAGUGUCCUUGGAAAUUUUUCCAUACGUUUCCAAAAACAGGGAAAACAACCUAUAAGUGAUACACGAUAACGUCAGGAAGGGGCAUAUGGAAAAAUCCCAUAGCAGACUGUUUCCGGGAAGAAACCCCCUUGUCAUAAACACUCCACCAUGUGGGGCGCUGUAUUCUACAUUUUCACCACUAGAGGCCGGUAGAGUUCACACCUAAACAGAAAGGAAAGUUACCGGGACAGCACAUGGAAAAGUACCUGGGUAGAUAGUUCUGAAUAUCUGAAUGGAGCAGGACAUUCCGUCAAACCAUGUACUGUAACAAACAAUAAUAAGAUGAUGGGAACAUUAUGCUCCUGUUGUCAUUACUUAUCAAGUAAUGAGGGACAGCUUGUUGAUUUCACCGAUAUGUAAAGGUGACACUUGUUAAAUCAAGUUCACAAUGAAUGAACAGGCCUUUCUCAGUGAACAUAUUAGAGUGAAACUCAAAGGUCCAAAAUUGAAGUCAGUGAUUCACAUGAAAAUCAUAUGAAAUGCUAUAAACUGUCAAGAGCCACCUGUGGAAAUGAGCAGCACUAGCUCUGUUUACCUGCUGUGGUAGCGCUUGUUCCCUGGGUUUCAAUGUAGGUUGUUUCAGUGAAUACAGAUGUCAGUCUGUAGGUUAGGUAGGUUAGCUGCAAAGGCCAGAGAAGCAGAGGUUCAGAUAGAGGGCAGAAAAUGGUGCAUUCAAAUGCUCCCAGUUAAUGUGUUACGUAUAUUGUUUACUUGCAAUAAUGCACUUAGCAUACUUGUUCUACUUAUUGUUGCCCACAUUUCACUUUUUUAAAGAUUGGGUUAAGGUCUCAUAGUUUCAGUUAACUGCUGACAUUUAGUUGGCAAUCAGGGAUCCUUUAAAUGAAAAUAAAUCAAAUAACUGCAAAUGUGUUGUAAGGUCAAUCAAAUGUGUAACUUUUGGAGAGCAUAUCCACACAGUUCUUGUCAGCUUAAAGACUUACACAUUUUAUAAUAAUAAUAACUUAAUUGUAUGGAUAGAAAACUCUAGAAAAAUAGCAUUUUAAGGACGAUGGCUUCCCAGAAGAGGACAGAUAAGACAAAGGAAAAGAGGAUGGUAUCACAUCAUAAUCAAAACAGAUAUAUUAGAUGAGGGGCAGUGAGAUACAAAUAAGCAAACCCACAAAUAAAUGAUAUAACUAUAUAAACAAUGCCAAUAAAUGUGAUUAAUGACUGCCAAUAAUUGAAUCAGAAGAGAACUUGCAAACAAAUGGGUUGAAGAUAACAUAUAUAAGAGGGCAUUUAAGUUAAAUAAAUCAAGUUAAAGUGUUUGAAAAGUAAAAAAACAUAAAAGCAAGUCUGUAAACGUGAAUUUAGGCUCGUGUUGCGUUUUAUAGUAGUGGAUUGUAAAUUCUAUUGCAUAUAUUUUAUGGCUUUAUGUGUUAUCCGGAUCUUUAUUCUGCACUAAAGCAUCACACAACAACAAAAUAUACCAAGUUGUAAAGUCAGUUUCCCAACAUUUGACGAGCAAUAAACAACUACUCCCGAGUAGUCACUCCCGAGUUUAUUACGGGUGUCCUGCGUGACCAAGUGUGCUGUUGUAAUAUUCCUGUGUUGUGUUAAAAGUAAAACUGAAUGUUUUGUUCAGCUAACUGCAGUAUUUCCUGGGGCACAUGAACGCACCAUAGAAUCUGACCCGCUAGCUCAUUUGAAUAAUUUAUGCACGCGUCAGAUUGCGUCAGAGUGGGGCCAUAUAAAACGCCGCUGAAGGCAGAAAUAGCAUCAGACAGUCGCUCGUUCAAACCGGCGAAGCUUCAACAACACAGACCGACACAGCACUUCGCGCAAGCAACUACCGCGUUAGUGCAUCGCUACCGAACAAGACGAAACAAAUCCGGAUUUUAUACUCGGUGAACAAACAGUCGCAAACGUGGCGAGAAGUGUAAUUCAUACGAGUGUGAUCCUGAACAUGAGCACGGAGAUGUUCGCCAAAACACCAAUGGAGGUUGCCGUCUACCAGUUGCAUAACUUUUCCAUCUCUUUCUUCUCCUCGUUACUCGGAGGGGACGUUGUAUCGGUCAAACUUGACAACAGGUAAAUAUCCGACACCGACAGCAUGUGUUGAAAUGCAGAGUAAUCCUUAUUGCAUUCAGAUGAAGUCAAAAGCCUCAUGCAGGCCCACAAAUAGGCUAUUGCACUAUUCUCUCAAACUUGACGCUUCCGUGCUCUAUAUCUGUAUUUUUUUUUUCUUAUACUAGAUUUUGCUAUGAUUCUCUCUGAUUUUGCCUGAUUUGGACUUUGCACAGUUAUCUGCCUGUGUGUCUGUAACACUUGGAAUUUCCUCCUACACCCAUGCGCUCGUUACACAAUAACCUACAUAAAAAAAAAUCUCUAAUCUCGUUGUCAGAGUAAUCCCUGAGUUUAUAGGCCCACACCACAAAAUAGAACUAGAUAACAGCUGGGUCAACUGUUUUGCUUUCUGUUCUUGCAAGCUUUCUGUUUCACUGCUAUUGUGUAACAGAUUUGUGAUUUUGGAAAGUACCUUUUGUUGGGAUUAUAAGAUUUGAGAUGAAAUUUGCAGCCCUUGUGAUGUUGAACUGUCAAUUAAUGGCCUAUUUUUCUUGUGUCUUGCAGUGCCUCUGGUGCUAGCGUUGUGGCCAUCGACAACAAGAUUGAACAGGCCAUGGUAAGCCCUGAUAACAAACACAACACAAAGACAUCAGUACACCUUACACUGUCAUAACCACACAAGUUGCAUGGCACCUUAACAACAUAAUUAUUAUUAAAGAAUCAAUGUUUGGAUACUCCCUAAAUGUCAGCAAUGGAGAAUACUGUUCAGAAUGAAAAUAACAAAGUAUCUAGCUAUGUAAUAGAGGAUCCAUGUUGCUUUUCAUUUUCUCAAACUGAGACCCUUAAGAUGGUCUCUUUAAGUACGAGUACAAAUGCAAUUGAUCGGGACCACAGACCUCCAAAAGUACAGUAGUGCGCAUGCAUUCAGCCCAAAACCAGCUCUGAGUGAAUAUCGCAGAAGUCCCUGUUACGUAAACGCAGUGCACGCUACAGUGCUGCUAUGUGCAUGUGAUAAGAGAACAAGUGAAUGAGAUAUGAACAGGAAGUCAAAAAAGAACAGAGUGAAACACAAUUUAUGCAGGAUAUAUUUAGUGAAUAUCCACUUUGGUGAAAGUUUAUGAGUGAAUACUUGAAUCUUGGUACAUAAAUGAGCUGAAAUUUAAUAUAUUCUAUAACUUGCUAUGAAGUUUAGUCUUUCUUCCAGCACACACAACUAGUCAACCAGUAGAAGAGACUCCACAUCUUACCUGACCCCUCUCUCUUUCUUUGCUUUCACAGGACCUGGUGAAGAAUCACCUUAUGUACGCAGUGCGUGAGGAGGUGGAGAUCCUCAAAGAGCAGAUCAAGGAGCUGGCGGAGAAAAACAACCAGCUGGAGAGGGAGAACUACCUGCUGAAAAACCUGGCUAGUCCUGAGCAGCUAGAAAAGUUCCAGUCUCGCAUACCAGCGGACGUGCUGGACAAUCAGAGCUCCCAGCUGACCCAGGACCAGCACCAGAGCUGCAUCCACAGCACAGGCUCUGCUGUAUAAGUGGCUCUGCCUUGGGGCGGGCAGAGCCACUGUCUCCUACCAGUAAUGGACCUCCAGUUUGAACGCAAGCGUUACAAAUGUCGCCGCCAAAAACCUUCAACACUGAAGGUGAAGAUUGCGGCUGUAAAUGAUUGAUGGGACACAAAAAGAACUGUUGACACUGAUGAGCACAAAACAGAACUUAUAGACGCUCUGACUGGUGUGGUGUCAGGCCCGUCCUCAGACACCGUCCAACUCUUAGUCGUAGUCUCUGUGUAGACAAGAGCGCUGAGAAUAGAGAGCGGGCCGAUAAAGACACCGACGAGCGCUUGCUUUAAGACAUGCUUAAAUCUUCCAACAGCCACCCUUUCACUCAAGAGAGGGGUGUGAGGGGAUGUUGAUUGGGCUCGCCCUGCAGGUGCUGCCUAGGAGUGCAGGGUGGAUCACUCAGAAGAGACCCAUCUGAGACAGUCCGCCAUGAGAAAAACCCCGUCAUGUGGAUUUGUCCGAUCUCCAAAUACAACUUUUCCAAGGACUCUCAGUGACACAUUUCAGCCACAUAGCGAGGACUUUUCCUGUAUCUUUGACAUAUUGCUCAUGGUUCAUGUACAUUAAAGCGUAACACAAAUAAUCAACAGGAUAAGCUAAAGAAACAGGUCGAGCUCGGUGCAGUAUAGCCUUUUCAAGCUGGUGGACCGCCGCAGUAUCAGUACACUGACAUGAUUCAUAAAAUGUAAUCUCAUGUUGUCUGCUGUUGGGGCUUGCUGCUUAUGGGGGAAGUUAAUCCUGCUAUAUCUUCUGUUUUUUUGUAAGUGAUCCUGAACAAAAAUCUGCUGUUUGUAAAAAAAUAGGAGCAUUGUUCAAUGGUCUUAAGAGAAUUAUUUUGUAAUUAAGAGGGGCAACAUGUCCGCCCUCCAGUUUGCCAGAUUUUCUCAGAGUUAAACAUGACGAAAUUGUACAUAAAACGUCCAAUGUGGAGAAGGUGAGCCAGCGUUUAAUGCUGCAGUUGCACUCCUGAUUUUAGCAUCACCCUCCAGUAUCUGGUCCAUUGUCCUGCUCAGAUGCCAAGUAGUAAGAACAAUGGCAUGACAACAGUGCCUGUCCAUGAAAAGAAAGGAACACAUUUCCACACUGAGCUCAGCUGUUGUUGUUGUCCUCUAGCUACCAAAGACUUUUGCCUUUUGUUAUUUUCUCACAACAACUGAAGCCAAGCAAACCAGGACCAUGUGUAAAAGAGUUCACAGGGAGAAGUCUUGUUUGUAGCUAGAGCUAACGUUUCUAUGUUUUUGUAAAGAUAACGGUAUUGUUGCUGUAAUGUAUCCUUGUUCACUAUGGUUUUUGGAUACGACUGCACAUUUGCAAUAAACCUUAUGUUUACAGAAUACAACACACU